AUGCAAACACUGAGAAGUACCAUUAUCUCAUCAUCGUCUCGGCCAUUGCAAAGUCGUCGUCAUUCCUCUGCCAUGAUGACGAUCGUGCACCAUCAAGUCCCUCUCUUGAAAACUUUGCAUCACCAACCAGAGAAAACAACCAUCUUGUCCAGUUCCUUCUCAAGUGGUGCCAACAGUACCAUGAAUCAUGGCUUGAGAAGUUUCCAUCAUCACUUGAUCUCACUCAAUAACACUUCUGCAGGUGGUGAGCCAACAGUUAGUGGUGAAUCUGCUGCUCAAAAAUGUCCCUAUCAUUCCUCGUUAGGGUCAACCAAUAAGACACCUCCGAAACCCUAUGAAGAGAUCCCUGGUCCAAAGCCUUUGCCAAUUCUCGGUAAUUUACUGGAUCUACUCAAACAUAAAGGUAUUCCAAGUCUUUACUUUUAUGAGUUGUGUGAAAAGUAUGGAGAUAUUGUUCGUCUCAGCAUGCCAGGUAAAAGAAUGGUUUUAAUUUCAAAUCCUGCAGUCAUUGAAGACGUAGUGAAAAAGGAAGAACAGAGAGAACACUUAAAGUCUUACCGUUUUUACAAGCAACAACGUGAUAUUGCAUUGGCUCCUAUGGAAAUGCCAAUCCAUGAAAAUUGGCAAGAAAUUAGAAACCUCUUCAAUGUGGCCAUGAAACCGGAGAAUAUUGAAAAGGUCAGCUUGCCACAAAUUACAGAAUUGAACGGAGACUUUUUGAGAACUCUUGCGAGUAAAUUGAAAAGAGUAGAGGGAGAAGACAACAAGUACCUUCUUCCCAAUGCUUUUGAUGUCACUUCAUUGUAUACUUUCAGAUCUGUUGCUAAAACCUUCUUGGGUGUCAAAGUUACUGAAGAAAUUGAAAAAUUAAUGCCAUGGACCAUUUAUGAAUUUGUAGCACUUGCUGUUCGUGGCACAGAUCUUACUCUUCAAUUGGACAGCAAGCCACCACUCUAUCAAUAUUUCAAAACGAAGCAAUACAAGGAAAUGGAAGCUGUCAUGGAUAAGAUUUAUUACGGAUGCAGAAACUUGAUUAAAAUGUAUGAGAAGAAUCCAAAUCCAGAACUCCCAAGAUUGAAAGAUUAUGUCGAUGAACGUGCUGAAGGUAUGGAAAAUGCAGAAAAGAAGAGUGAGGGAGUAUUGAGUUCGUUCUUGAAUGGUGGUGUUGAUGUCACUUCUCGUAUAAUGGUGAAUCAAAUGUACAGACUUGCUCAUCAUGUUGAAUAUCAAGAUAAAUUGUUCGACGAAUUGAAGGAAUUGUUUGGUGAACCCACUGCAGAAGAAUUCGAAUCUGAAAAUGGCCUUCAUAUCUCGUGGGAACAAUACAAGAAGAUGAAACUUGUGAGAAACUUUUUGGAUGAGACAUUCCGUGUCAACUCAUUCUCGUACAUGACGAGUGGUCGAUGGACUUCGACCGAUCUCGAGGUGAAUGGAUACAUUAUUCCAAAAGACACUCGUAUCUUAAUUAUGAAUUAUCAUCCAAGCAUGAAGGAGGAAUAUGUUCCUCGUGCCAAAGAAUUCAUUCCUGAAAGACAUGAAAAGGGUCAUCCAUUGGCUCCAAAAUCCAUGUACAGCAGCCUUCCAUUUGGAAUUGGUGCCCGCAAAUGCCCUGGUAGUCGUAUUGCAAGCACAGAGUUGCAUCUCUCCCUCGUCAAUUUAGCAAGACAUUUCAGAUUGACUCAUGAAAAUCCAGAGAAAUUCCCAGAAAGCAAACACGAUCAGUCCAUGUUGUACAUUGAUGCAAAGAGUCAUCCAUUGUAUCUCAUUCCAAGAGAUCACAUGAAACCAAUUCUUGAAAAAUAUGUCAAGUAA